AUGGCUACAGUUUGCCAGUUUGCAGCAUACAGUAGACACUCGUGUUUACUGACCUCUGCCUCUGUCCCCAGGGCCCUGCACUUGGCCGUGAUACAUCAGCAUGAGCCCUUCCUGGAUUUCCUCUUGGGCUUCUCCGCCGGCACUGAGUACCUGGACCUGCAGAAUGACCUAGGCCAAACAGCCUUGCACCUAGCAGCCAUCCUGGGGGAGGCAUCCACGGUAGAGAAGUUGUAUGCAGCUGGCGCCGGAGUGUUGGUGGCUGAGCGAGGGGGCCACACCGCUCUGCACUUGGCCUGCCGGGUGAGGGCACACACGUGCGCAUGCGCGCUGCUCCAGCCCCGCCCCAGACGCCCAAGGGAUGUCUCAGAUACCUACCUCACUCAGAGCCAGGACAAUACCACAGACACCGGCCCCACCCCUGUUGCUGUGAACCCUCAACCCAACCCAGAGAUCGAAGAGGAUCCGAGUGAUGAAGACUGGAAGCUGCAGCUAGAAGCUGAAAACUAUGAGGGCCACACCCCACUCCAUGUAGCUGUCAUCCACAAAGAUGCAGAGAUGGUCCGGCUGCUCAGGGAUGCUGGAGCUGACCUCAAUAAACCGGAGCCCACGUGUGGCCGGACCCCUCUGCACCUGGCGGUAGAAGCCCAGGCAGCCAACGUACUGGAGCUUCUUCUGAAGGCUGGUGCUGACCCUACCGCCCGCAUGUAUGGGGGCCGCACCCCACUUGGCAGUGCUCUGCUCCGGCCCAAUCCCAUCCUUGCCCGCCUCCUCCGUGCACAUGGAGCCCCUGAACCUGAGGAUGAGGAUGAUAAGCUCGGCCCUUGCAGCAGCAGCAGCAGCGAUAGUGACAGUGACGGCAGAGAUGAGGGCGAUGAAUAUGACGACAUUGUGGUCCACAGUGGCAGGAUCCAAAACUGGCUACCUCCCUCCCCGGCACCCAAACCUCUUCCUGAUGACUCCAACCCCGCCUGACUUAAUUUCUAAUAUUAAUAUAAUUUCCAUUUAAUAAAGCUUGAGACCUGAAGCCAGAGCCCAGA